UCCCCCCCCCGUGCGAAAUCCCAGCAGCGGGGUGCGAAGGUGGUUAAAGCUCUCGAAAUCGUGGGGGAAAUCACCGGUCAUCACACGGUUGGCUGUUAAGUGCACAAUGAGUAGUGAAGAGGAAACAUGGGAGAAGUUGGAUGCGGAAUUUGAUCACUAUGUUGUAGAUAUGAAGCCGUUUGUGUUAAAAUUACCACAUAAAUCAGAACGUCAGAGAUGUGCGCUCUGGAUUAAAAAACUCUGCGAGCCCUCAGGAGCAGGUGCAGGAAUUAUGGGUAGAAAGAAUCGGAACUUGUAUGCAAAAUUGUUGCUGCAUAUGCUGAAACGAGGAAUUCUAGAAGGCCCUUUUACACAUAAACCCGAACCUGGAAUAUUGAAAACCUUGCCGUCAUAUAUGUCAAUCUAUUUUGAUGAACCAAAUUCAACGAGAGCACAGAGUGGUAGCCCAGAAGCUUUACCUGACUGGGUCAUGGGAGAACUAGGAACAAGUGAAUUGAAAUUGGAGGAAUCAUGGAAAUUCUCUUCUAGAGAGGAGUCAGCUUUGGUAGCAUCACCACUUGCUCACAGGGAAAGAUACAAGUAUAAUGGGAAGCUAGCGUUAAGGUCACAUUCUAUGAGUCCACCUCACCGGUCAGAUGAGGACAACUGUGCCAUGCAGACGCCUGGAGAUCAACACAAAAAACCCAUUUCUUUGGACGACAGUGAUCUUGAAGUUCGUCUCAAUAGUUGGAAUCUUGGGCUAGAAAAUCCAAGAUAUUUGCGAGAGAAGCCCAUACCUCUGUCUCUGAUGACACCCAAAAUGGGCUUGGGAAAAAUUAGCACUUUUCGGGAUGAACAGUCACUGUUUCGCAUGCACGAAAAAGAGCUGGAGAUGAAAACAAAAAUAAUGGAAGCUAAAUUUCAUGAAGAAAAGCUUAAAUUACAGCAGAAGCAUGAUGCUGAUGUUCAGAAGAUUUUGGAUAGAAAGAAUAAUGAAACUGAGGUAUUGAAGACCCUCUACAAAACUAAACAGAAUGAAGCUGAGGAGACUAUUAGGAAGCUAGAGAAGAAAGUUCAGACCCUUGUUCGCGAGUCACAAGUCGUCAGAGAGACUAAGGAAAAGCAGAUUAUGGAGUUAAAGAAGUUGUGUGAGCAAAGCACAGAUUCUUUGAACAAUGACUGGGAGAAAAGGCUCCAUAAUGCUGUGGCAGAAAUGGAAAAGGAAAAAUUUGAUCUUCAGAAGAAACACACAGAAAAUAUCCAAGAACUGCUUGAGGACACAAAUGCACGUCUUAGUAAAAUGGAGACAGAGUACUUGGCACAGACAAAGGCAACUAACCAGGUGGUCAAAGAACUGGAGGCCCGUGUCCAGCAGCUGACUGUAGAGGCUGAAAGUAGUAAUUUACAGCGUCAGAAAUUAUCUCAAGAAAAGACUGAUCUAGAGCAAUGCUACCAAGCAGUAUGCACUGAACUGCAGGAGGUGAAAUCAAGGUGCAGCUCCCUUCAGAAAGAGAAGGAUCGCGUAAUACAAGAUUAUGAACAGAAUAUUCAGCAACAACAAAACAAAUAUGAUAUUGACAUAAAUUUUAUGAAACAGGAACAUGCUCUCUCAGCAGCUAAGGCAUCUGAUGUGAUUGAAGAAUUAGAACAAAGUGUGUCUGAAUUAAAACAACAGUUACAAGAAUCAGAACAUCAAAGGCAGCAACAGCUGAGGGAUCAAGAACACAAAUUUCAACAGGAAAAACUUCAUUUAGAGCGGAUUCAUGAAAAAAAGAUUCAUGGCUUCCAAAAUGACCUUGAUAAAGAGAGAGGGGAUGCUCAAAAGAAAAUUCGCAAACUGGAAGAGGCUUUGAAGGAGAAGGAGGAGCAGCUGACUCGGGUGACAGAGGUACAGAGGCUGCAGGCCCAGCAGGCAGAUGCUGCCCUGGAGGAGUUUAAGCGGCAGGUGGAGCUGAACUCAGAAAAAGUCUAUGCUGAAAUGAAACAGCAGAUGGAAAAGGUGGAAUCAGAUCUAAGCAGAUCAAAAUCUCUCCGUGAAAAGCAGUCAAAAGAAUUCUCUUGGCAGUUGGAAGAACUCAAACAAAGAUAUGAGCAACAGAUAGUAGAGCUGAAGCUGGAGCAUGAACAGGAGAAGACGCACCUAUUCCAGCAGCACAACACAGAGAAGGAUUGCCUGGUCCGAGAUCACGAACGUGAAAUUGAAAAACUGGAAAAACAGCUCCGCGCUGCCAUGACGGAGCACGAGAAUAAAACGCAAGAAUGCAGGAAACGAGAUGCACAGAUUAUCCAUGAUAUGGAGGCCCAAAUCCACAAGCUGAGAGAAGAGCUUAUUCAGGUAAAUGCUCAGCGGAAGCAGCAGUUGGUAGAGCUUAGCCUUCUGCGGGAAGAAGAAAAGCAGAGGGCUGCUCGGGAUCACGAGACUGCCGUGAAUAAGCUUAAAGCAGAGUCGGAAAAGAUGGCCUUAGACCUGAAAAGGACACAUGCUGCAGAGACCGAGAUGACAUUGGAAAAGGCCAACAGCAGGUUGAAGCAGAUUGAAAAGGAAUACAGUCAGAAGUUGGCCAAAUCUUCACAGAUCGUAGCUGAACUUAAGACAACCAUUUCCUCUCUGACAGAGGAAAGCAGCCGGCAGCAGCUUGCUGCAGAAAGGCGGUUCCAGGAUGUUGUACAAAAGUUUGAAGAUGAGAAGCAGCAGAUGAUUAGAGAUAAUGACAGAGCAAUCAAGGCUUUACAAGACGAAAUGGAAAAUUAUUGCAAUCAGGUACGGUCUACAGAAAAAAAGCUGCAGCACAAGGAGUUGGAGACACAGGAACAGGUGACAUACAUACGACAAGAAUAUGAAACCAAACUCAAAGGUCUGAUGCCAGCAUCUUUGAGAAAGGAACUCGAAGACACCAUUGCAUCUUUAAAAUCUCAGGUAAACUUUCUGCAGAAGAGAGCAUCUGUCCUACAAGAAGAACUGAAUGUGUACCACACCAGAAGGUAACUGCUGGAGCAGAGGAAAUCGUUCAAGUGACAAAUGGACAACUUUCAGCAGGUUUGAAGAUUUGGAUCUUGUCAAUUAAACUGUGAGAUCAGUGGCUGUUUUGUUAGCACAGAAAAUGUAAUUAAGCUCAUGAAAGCACAUCCAUCCUUCAUGCCAGUAUUUUUUGAGUUGUAUCUUACUUGAAUUAUUUUUUACCAUUAUCUUAUUACAGAUUUACAAUUUUGGUAUACUAAGUGUGUUUGUGUGUGUGCUCAAUUUACUUAUUGCGAGACUAAAUUCCCUUGACUAUUGAUUUUGCUAUUAUUUCCUAAUAUCAUUUUUAUUCAAUU